AUGUUCUUCCCGAGUUCCCAAUUCAGAUCCCUACUCUCAAUAUGUUAUACGAUUUUUUUCAUCCCGUCAACGCUACUAUUCCUUUUGGCAAUCUAUUUUGUUCUCUAUCAGAAAUCGUUGGCCUCAAACUAUUACAAGAAAGUUAUCGUCUUUCAACUGGUUUCCGCCUUCAUCGGCGACAUUAUGAUUUCACUAACUCGUCCGAUUCUUCUAAUGCAAAUACGAAUUGUAAUCUUUCAAAUGAACUGGGAUCUUCCAUUUGUAGGGAUUGUGAUCGUUCUUGCCGGAUACAUUGUGUCAAUAUUUUUAAGCUACGGUUGCUUUAUGAAUGGUUCUUUAUACAAGAUUAUCACUCUUUAUUCCCUUCCAUCAUAUGUCGCAUGGUUGCUGAAUGCCUAUUUUCUCGGUGGCUAUGGAGUUGUUUUUGUGCUUGCAGUCAUCUUCGUGGCUGGCACUUUACAAACUGGUGGAUUAAGUGAUGAUCGGAAAGUGGUGGGAUUUGGUUCUGGGAAAGAAUGGUUAUCCGGUCCCCACCGU